AUGGUGAGUUUACUUGAUACCCAUCAACUGCUGCUGCAAAUAUGUUUUCAAAAACAUUUAAUUUUUUUUUCGUUUUAGCCUUUACGUUUAGAUAUCAAACGUAAGCUCACUGCUCGUUCAGAUCGUGUGAAAUGCGUGGAUCUCCAUCCCAAAGAACCAUGGAUGUUAGCAUCGUUAUACAAUGGAAAUGUUCAUAUUUGGAACCAUGAAACUGCCACACUUAUCAAAUCUUAUGAAGUAAGUUUUCACCUGGUUUAUCAAAGAAAGUUAUUAAAAAUUGAUAUAUAUAUAUAUAUUAAUAGAACCAUGUCAACAUAAAUCUUCUGUUUGUAACAGUUAAGAAAAACUAUUUACAUAAGUUUUUUUUCAAUAAUAUUGAUGUACAGAAUGGGUUGUAUUCUAAAUUUUCAAUGAUAGGAAACAUCAGUUUUAAAAAUUAUUAUUUAUUUAAACUUUUAAUGAUUGACUAUGUAAAUUAAAAAAGGAUUUAAUAAAACAUUACAUUUUUAAAUCCCUUUUACCGUGAAAUAAUACAAGUUUUUUUAAAAUUAAAAUAUAGUAUUUAAAUAAAACUUCAUUGAGGUUAUAUAAACUAGGUAUAUAGCAAAAUUUUGAAAAAUGUCUGAUUAUUUAUCAUAUAUUUGAAUCACAUAAAAAAAAAUAUUAAAUGCUCUUUAAUUGACAUGACAAUGAAACAGUAUUUAUUUGAAAAAAACAUUGUGUUCAGUCCCUUGUCAUCCUAUACAAAAUGCACUAAAUUGAACUAUAAUAAUCUUGAAUCAAUAUUAAAAUUAAAAUAAUAGUAUAGUAUUUUUAACUGCCUGUUUGGAAAAAAAGUUUCAAAUGAUUAGAAUUUAAAAAAAAUGAUAAUUAGUAUUUUUAUCAAUUCAAAUUAUUGUAAAUUCAAACUCUUGUUGAUUUUAGUUCAUUCUCUCAGUCCCCACCAUAAAUUUAUCUUUACAAAAAAUUAAUUUUUUAUAAUACAAAAUCAUAUGUAUUACAUAGAAAGAUAUAGUGUAAAGAUAAAAGAUAUUUUAUAAUUAUUUAUUAUGGUAUUUUUUACAAUAGGUAUGUGAACUUCCUGUACGAGCAGCUCGCUUUGUUGCUCGAAAGAACUGGAUUGUUACUGGUUCAGAUGAUAUGCAAUUGCGGGUCAUCAAUUAUAACACUUUGGAACGUGUGCAUCAGCUUGAUGCACAUUCUGAUUAUUUACGAAGUAUAGCCGUCCAUCCUUCACAACCAUUUAUACUCACCAGCAGUGGUAUGUAUUAAAUUUAAACUUAUAUAAUACAAAAUAUAGAAAGUACUUAUGUUUAAUACAUGAAUGUUUUAUAGAUGAUAUGUUAAUCAAACUUUGGAAUUGGGAAAAACAAUGGGCAUGCCAACAAGUAUUCGAAGGGCAUACACAUUAUGUUAUGCAAAUUAUGAUCAAUCCUAAAGAUAACAAUACUUUUGCCAGUGCUUCACUAGAUCGAACUGUUAAAGUAUGGCAACUUGGUUCUUCAACGCCAAAUUUUACUUUAGAAGGCCACGAAAAAGGGGUUAAUUGUGUUGAUUAUUACCAUGCUGGAGAUAAGCCAUAUUUGAUAUCAGGAGCUGAUGACAGACUUGUUAAAAUUUGGGAUUAUCAAAAUAAAACAUGUGUGCAGACAUUAGAAGGCCAUGCACAAAAUAUUUCUGCCGGUAAUUAUUAAUAAUCAAUGAGUUAACACACUUUUUAAAUGUUUAUUUUCUUUUUUUAGUUUGCUUCCAUCCAGAACUUCCAAUAGUUCUAACUGGUUCUGAAGACGGUACUGUUAGAAUUUGGCAUUCUGGAACUUACAGAUUAGAAUCGUCAUUAAAUUAUGGGCUAGAACGUGUAUGGACAAUUUGUUGCCUACGUGGUUCUAAUAAUGUUGCUUUAGGGUAAAAUAUUACAAGGGCUCCAUCUUGUAAACAAACUAAAAUCAAAGUAUUUAUAAUUCCUUAGAUAUGAUGAAGGUAGCAUAAUGGUUAAAGUUGGUCGUGAAGAACCAGCUAUGUCAAUGGAUGUUCACGGUGGUAAAAUUGUUUGGGCUCGUCAUAGUGAAAUUCAGCAAGCUAACCUGAAAGCUAUGCUUCAGACAGAAGGGACUGAUAUCAAAGACGGUGAACGUUUACCUAUACAAGUCAAAGAUAUGGGUAGUUGUGAGAUUUAUCCACAGUCAAUAUCUCAUAACCCGAAUGGUAGAUUUUUGGUUGUGUGUGGUGAUGGAGAGUAUAUUAUAUAUACAUCUAUGGCCCUGCGUAAUAAAGCAUUUGGAUCUGCACAAGAUUUUGUAUGGUCUUCUGAUUCUGAAUAUGCGAUCAGAGAAAAUUCUUCAACAAUCAAAGUCUUUAAAAACUUCAAAGAAAAGAAAUCCUUUAAACCAGAAGGAGGAGCAGAUGGUAUUUUUGGUGGUUACUUGUUGGGUGUCAAAUCUGUUACUGGAUUAGCUUUAUUUGAUUGGGAAAAUGGCAACUUGGUAAGAAGAAUUGAAACUCAACCGAAACAUGUAUUCUGGUCAGAAUCUGGUGAAUUAGUGUGUCUUGCUACAGAUGAAGCAUACUUUAUACUACGUUUUGAUGUCAAUGUCCUUAGCGCUGCAAGAGCAUCUAAUUUUGAAGCUGCUGGUUCUGAUGGUCUCGAAGAUGCUUUUGAAGUAAAGUAACAAACAUAAUAUAAAUUUAAGUUUAAUAUGUAAAUAUUUACUUAUAAAUUCUAUUUUAGAUUUUAGGAGAAGUGCAAGAAGUUGUGAAGACAGGUUUAUGGGUUGGUGAUUGCUUCAUAUACACCAAUGGUGUAAAUAGGAUCAACUAUUAUGUGGGAGGAGAAAUUGUCACUGUAUCUCAUCUUGACCGCACUAUGUAUCUUCUAGGAUAUGUAGCUAAAGAAAAUCGACUAUACCUAGGUGACAAGGAACUCAACAUAGUUUCUUAUAGUCUUCUUUUGUCUGUAUUAGAAUAUCAAACAGCUGUUAUGAGAAAAGAUUUUGAUAUUGCUGAUCGUAUACUACCAUCAGUACCAUCUCAAUAUAGGACUCGUGUGGCUCAUUUCUUAGAAAAACAGGUAAUGUAAGAAUUAAACAAUUAACAAUUAUUAAAUUUGAAUAAUAUGUGGAUACGCUUUAGUGAUUUAAAAAGAUCAAACUUAGAUUUAUUUAAUAUCUUAUAAUAUUCAUUAUAAACUUCAAACUUCUCAUUUUAUAUUACAUUUAAUUUGUAGAUUUAUUUCAUUUCAUUUAUUAAUUAAAAUAUUUGGAUUAUAGGGUUAUAAGAAACAAGCAUUAGCUGUAUCAACUGAUGUCGAACAUAAAUUCGAAUUAGCAAUACAAUUACAAGACUUGGCUAAAGCACAUUUGCUUGCUAAAGAAGCAUCUAGUCCUCAAAAGUGGAGACAACUUUCUGAAUUAGCCACAGCACAAGCUGAUCUUGAAUUAGCACAAGAAUGUCUUCAUCAGGCUCAAGAUUAUGGCGGAUUACUUUUAUUAGCUACAUCUUCUGGUAUGUAUUGUUAAUAUAUACAUUAUACAUUACAUAUAUACAUUACUUAUUAAUGUAUUUAUUAUUAUAUUCAUUUGUUUCCUAGGUAAUAGUGAAAUGGUAAAAAAAUUAGCUGAAAGUACUAGUUCAAAUGGAAAAAAUAAUAUCUCAUUCCUAUCAUACUUACUUUUGGGCGAUUUAAACAAAUGUUUGCAACUAUUAAUAGACACUGAUAGAUUGCCAGAAGCAGCAUUUUUUGCUCGAUCAUAUUUACCAAGCAAAAUGUCUUAUGUGGUUGGAUUGUGGAAAGAAUCACUAAGCAAAACAAAUGUUAAAGCUAGUGAAUCGUUAGCUAAUCCAGACGAAUAUGAAAAUUUAUUUCCUCAUUACCAGGAAUCAUUAAAGACAGAAGUUUAUCUACAAACUGAAAGGCAAAGACAGAUACCCGCUGCUGCUUAUGCAAAGUUGCCUGUAAGCCUAUAAAAUACUACACAAAAAAUAUAAAUGUAUUACUAUAUGUAAACUAAUUUGUACAUUAUAAUAUAUUAUAUUUAUAAUACAAAUUUGUUUCUAGAUGAAUCAUGAAAGAAAUUGUUUAGAAGAAAUGAAAACAGCUGAAACUCAAGAACCCAGUUUUAGUUUAGAUGAAGAAAUUGUUGACAUUAAAGCAGGAGUUUUAGAACCAAAUUGUAUGCAACAAUUGUUUAAAAUUAUUACUUCCUUAUUAUGAUUUUUUUUUAAUGCAGCUGUAUAUUUUUUAUUAAUUAAUGUUGUAAAUAUUUAGAUGUUGAUAAGAAACAAGAUGAUAUUAAUUUACCACGAUUUGGUUUUAUGGAGGAAUUCAAGAUGAUUAAUGGAGAUAAUGAAGAUGCAGAUAAAGAAUUAGAAGAAAUGCUAGAAAAUAUGAACUUUGAUGAAAUAGAAUCAACGGUAAUAUAUUAAGUCCAUUCUAAAUAACAAUAGAGAUUUACUAACACUUUUUUUAAUUUAAGAAAUAUAUAUAUAAUACUUACAAAAAUAAUAAUGUACAUAGUAUAGCAAAAUGAUUUUACAUCAAUAAAUGAUUUGAUUAUUAGUUGAUUGAUUGUUUCUAAACGUAUUUUAAACAAUCAACUUGUCGCUGUCAUACAAAAAGUGACUAAAUGAUUUAAAUAUAUUUUAAAUUUUAAUUUUAAUUCAUAAUUCUUUGUUAAGUGGUUUAUAAACUAUUUAUGGCAAUACUUUAGACACUUUUUAUAUGUACAGGUGUCCCACAAAGAUAAUGCCCAUUGCAAUAUCUCAAGUCAUUUUAAAGGAAUUAAUUAUUCGUUUGAAAAUGUCAAUUUUUUAUAUUCAUUAAAUACAUGAUUUUCAAUAAUUGUUUUAAGUUCAGAGAAAAGCAUUUAUAAUUAUUCAACAGGCUGUAACCGUAUUUUGCUAAUUGAUUAUUAUUUUAGUAAAUUGACUGUGUACUUUUUAUUCUGAACUUAAACAAUUUGUUAAAAAUCACAAAUUCAAUUAAUAGUUAAAAUAAACAAAUAGUAAAUAAAUUAUACCAUAAGUACCAGUGUGCAAAUGACUAACGGUUAUCAGUGUACAAAUGUUUAGUAAUCAUGGCCAUCUUAAUUAUCAUUGGGAAAAUCAUGAAAUUUGGAAAUCUGGUGUUCACAACAUUCAUCGAUAAAUACUAUAACUUUUUAAUGAUUGUUCAUUGUUAUGUAUGUUUGUUAAUUUUACUAUUUAAAAAUUUUGUUAAAUUCAAAAAGAAUAAAAGUAACUAUUAUUUUAACAUAUACUAUUUAUUUACUCUGGUAUUUACAUCCUUGAAAAGACAGAAAAAAUUCAAAAUGGAAUUUAGUUGAUUUGACAUUUUUAAACCCUUAAACUCUUUAUAUUUUUGUACUUGUUUUUUAAUAAUAGUUAAUAUACAUUUAUAUUUCAAAUAAUUAUAGUAAUAAUAAUGUGACAAAUAAUAUACAUAUCCUUGUCAGUCAACCUAACUUAAAGAUACUUUGAUAAAAUAAUUAACCUACAUUUAUUAGUAGUUGGGGUUAUAUUUUUAGAUUUUGUGGAAACUAAAGGGAUAUAAUUUGUUAUCGAUUAUUUUUGUUUUAUUCUAUUAAAUUCAUUUUAGGUUAGUAAAAAUAUCAAACAAUAUUUAUGCUGUAGUUUUAUAAAUAUGCUAUUUUUCAAUAUUUUCUUGUUAAAUAUCAAAAUAAAAUAGUAAAAAUGUUAUUUUCUUUUUUAAAUAUUAAUCCAACAAAAUAUUUGUAUUUAACACUUAAAGUAUUAUAAUAGGUAUCUUAUAUUAAAUUAUGUAUGCCAUUUAUUCCUACAAAACUUUUAGUAGUAAAUAGAUAGUACUAGCUAAUAGUAAUCAGUGAUUUAUCAAUGAUGAUAAUAGUAAAAACUGUAAAUUUAAUAGUAUUAUUUUUUUGUUAUCUUGAAUAUAAUAUUAUGUUUUUAUCUUACAGGGCAUUAAUAUUGAUGCUGAAUUAUCUGAUGAUGACGAUGAUGAUGAUUUUGCUUUUUCUUGA